GCAAGCCAACCCAACCCAACCCAACCCACGUGCGCGCUUUCUCUCUCUUCUUUCUCUCUCUAGUCGUUUUCUUUUCUCAUUUCAAUUUCAAUUUCAAUUCAUUCUUUUCUUCUUCCUCCGAGCACGCAAAAACGGUGCCGUUUUGAUAGAGCGACAGGGUUCUGAUGUAGAGAGGUGGAUCCGAAAUGCACCCGUACAAUCGGCUACCGAGCAGCGGCCACUCCACGCCGUCACCGCCGCCGUCUCCGCUGCGGUCGCCGAGGCUCCGCCACGCCCGCUCCAAGCCAGGGAAGUUGUCUCCGGGAGGCCGUGGCGUCGCGCAGCGACUCAGUUGGAUGCUGCUUUCGGUGCUUCUCCGGCGACAAGGCGUGUUCCUCUUCGCUCCCCUCAUCUACAUCUCCGGUAUGCUCCUCUACAUGGGAACCGCAUCGUUUGACGUCGUUCCGGUCAUCAAACACCGCCCUGCACCUGGCUCUCUCUACCGUAGUCCGCAGGUUUAUGCCAACCUUCGCCAUGAUAUGGAUUCCGAUAACUCCUCUGCCGAUGCGAUAUCCACAAUAUGGAAGACUCCAUAUAGAGGCGGUGAAUGGAAACCAUGUGUAAACAGAUCUUCAGAAGGCCUGCCUGAAUCAAAUGGAUACAUAUAUGUAGAGGCUAAUGGUGGCUUAAAUCAGCAAAGAACAUCUGUCUGCAAUGCCGUUGCUGUAGCUGGAUAUCUCAAUGCUACCCUUGUGAUCCCCAACUUCCAUUAUCAUAGCAUAUGGAAAGAUCCAAGCAAAUUCAGGGACAUUUAUGAUGAAGAAUAUUUUGUCAAUACCUUGAAAAAUGAUGUACGGGUGGUUGAUAAGAUUCCCGAGUACCUAAUGGAAAGAUUUGGCAGCAACAUGACAAACGUUCACAAUUUCAGGAUCAAGGCAUGGUCAUCCAUUCAGUAUUACAGAGAUGUGGUCCUGCCGAAGUUACUUGAAGAAAAGGUUAUAAGGAUUUCACCUUUUGCAAAUAGAUUGUCAUUUGAUGCUCCUCCAGUUGUUCAACGUCUCAGAUGCUUAGCAAAUUAUGAGGCUUUACGGUUUUCAAGUCCUUUAUUAACUACAGCUGAAUCUUUGGUUGAAAGAAUGAGAAAACGUAGCGCCAUUAAUGGUGGUAAAUAUGUCUCAGUACAUCUUCGCUUUGAAGAGGAUAUGGUUGCUUUCUCUUGUUGUGUUUUUGAUGGGGGAAAACAGGAACGUGAAGACAUGAUUGCAGCAAGAGAAAGAGGUUGGAAAGGGAAAUUCACAAAACCUGGGCGAGUUAUACGUCCUGGAGCAAUCAGGAUCAAUGGGAAGUGUCCGCUCACCCCAUUAGAGGUUGGCCUGAUGCUGAGGGGGAUGGGUUUCACGAAAAACACAUCUAUCUUUUUGGCAUCUGGAAAAAUAUACAAUGCUGAGAAAACAAUGGCUCCACUACUAGAAAUGUUUCCUAAUUUGCAUACUAAGGAGACUCUAGCUUCUGAAGAGGAACUUGCUCCAUUUAAGAAUUAUUCUUCAAGGAUGGCUGCCAUAGAUUACACAGUUUGUCUUCACAGUGAGGCGUUUGUCACAACUCAGGGGGGUAACUUCCCUCAUUUUCUGCUGGGCCACAGAAGAUACUUGUACGGUGGACACUCCAAGACAAUUAAACCUGAUAAGCGGAAGUUAGCAUUAUUGUAUGAUAAUCCGAAUAUAGGAUGGAAAAGUUUCAAGCGGCAACUGCUAAGCAUGAGGUCACACAGUGAUUCUAAGGGAGUUGAGCUCAAAAGACCUAAUGACUCUAUAUAUAGCUUUCCAUGCCCAGAUUGUAUGUGCCGUGUAAAUAGAACUGAUGAUUCAAAAUCUUCAUCAACAACUUGAUCUACUCUCAGAAUUUGAUGGGUGUUUCUGUUACAUAUGGUUUUCUGAGGAUGCAUUGCUGCUGACCGUUUUUGUGAUUGUUUCAUUUUUGCCCUCUCCAUCUGGUCAGGGGCCAUACACUCCAUUUGUGUGGAGAUCAAAGGAUUUUGUUCGAGGUCUAAUUGAUUUGAUUACAUAUUUGGCUUGGAUUUCAAAGGAGUGGCAUCUUUUUUGCACAUGAUGCCAAUUCAGAGCAGAACGAAAACCGUUCCUUUGCUGAAUCUCUCACAGAACACUGACUGAGCUAUGUUUCAUAUUGAAUUAGCAGCUGCUGUAUCAACAAGCUAUUUAAAGUGCCAAAUGACAAACUCACAUUCCUUCACACCCUGCUUGUACAUCAUUACCUGGAGUAGGAAAUUCACGUGUUAGUGCUUUAGCAACCUAUAACUCUGUACAUUCACACAAUUCAGGGCCCUGCCAUACUGUUUUCUUGUUCUGUUUUAGGUUCUUUUUCAUUAUUUUUUGGUCCAUGUCAAUUUUGUUUUCCCUCAUAUUGAGGGGCCCUUUGUUGGUUAUAUGCCUGUAUCUGAGCACAUUUGCUAUUCUUUUACAUUAGUGCCUCAUUGUUUAAGUGAAAA